AUGAUAGACACUUUGAGUGAUGCAACCACCCCUAUUAUGGUAGAUGACAAUUCUGAAACACCUUCCACUGCAAUUGUUGAAAGCCCCACACCUUCCCAACAGUCACAAUGUAACAAACCACCUGUGAAUCAAUCCAUUGUGUGGAGUCACUUUAAAAAAGUGGAACCGAUCGAUAAGGAAAACCCUAAAGCUAUGUGCAACUAUUGCAAUAGGUUAAUAGGGUGUCAUUAUAAGAGGAAGGGCACUUCAGCCAUGAUGCACCACCUUACCUAUAAUUGCCCAGACUCUCCACUUAAGAAAUCAAAAGAUUCAACACUACCCAAAAACCAAACAAUGUUGCAAAUGUCAUUCAAGAAACCGGUAGAAGGUGGUAGUGGUAACCAAAUUGGAUUCAUGAAGUAUGAUUCAAACAAUAUAAGAAAUUUGAUUGUUCGGUAUUUCAUCAAAAGUGAGCUGCCUUUUAGGCAUGUGGAGAGUGAUGGGUUUAAGGAAUUGAUAAAUGGAAUUGAACCUAGGUUCAAAGUGCCAUGUCGUAUCACUUUACAAAAAGAUUGUUUGAAACUGUAUGAAGAAGAAAAGCUUAGGUUGAGGACUUUUUUGAGCGGUAAAAGGGUAUGCAUCACUACCGAUACAUGGACAUCCCUGCAAAAUAUAAACUACAUGUGUGUUACCGCUAGCUUCAUAGACUCUGAUUGGACGAUUCAUACAAAAAUUCUUAAGUUUAACCAAAUUCUCAAUCAUAGGGGUGAAACUAUUGGAAGAAUGAUAGAGAGUGCAUUGACCCAGUGGGGGAUUGAUAGUGUGUUCACUAUUACAGUCGAUAAUGCCUCAGCCAAUGAUGUGGGGAUUGAGUAUAUGAGAAAGAGGAUAAAGAACAAGAGUCAUACUAUUUUAGGAGGAGAUUUUCUUCACAUGCGUUGUGCCGCUCAUAUUUUAAACUUUGUUGUGCAUGAAGGCUUGAAAGACUUAGGUGACUGUGUUACUAAUAUAAGGAACGCAGUGAGAUAUGUGAGGUCUUCACCGGAGAGGAUGUCAAAGUUUAAAGAUUGUAUAGAGCGGGAAAAAAUUAAAUGUAAAAACAUGGUGUGUUUAGAUAUUCCAACUAGAUGGAACUCUUCAUAUUUGAUGUUGACCACUGCUGAGAAGUACCAAAGAGCUUUUGACCUAUUGGGCGAAAAUGAGCAUAAUUAUUUUGUUGUUCCUCAACCUAUUGAUUGGGAAAAUGCUAGGGCAUUUGCGACAUUUUUGCAAACUUUUUAUGAAGCUACAUUGAAGUUCUCUGGUUCAACUCAUGUCACCUCCAAUUCAUAUUUUUUGCAACUUUGUAUUAUUCAAAAUUCUUUAAAUGAUGGUUGUCUCAGUGAAGAUCAGGUCUUGAGUUCUGUGAGUUUUACGGCAAAAGUGAGAGACCUCCUGAAUCGUUUAAUUGAGCAAUACAAUAAGUUUCAUGGGAGGGGAGUAGGGGAGUCAUCUAACAUUGUUGAAGAUACAAGAAGAGUAGAUGUCAAUCCUAUUUGUGGUGAUGAAGAUAAAGAGAUACAAUAUAGGAAUAUGUUUUCUCAACACCUUGUCGCAGAGAAUGACUUGGAAUCCAUAGCUCGUGAUGUAUUGGCCAUCCCUAUUUCCACCGUUGCCUCUGAGUCUGCCUUUAGCAACGGAGGACGUGUAUUGGAUACCUUUUAG